GAUUUGGGUAAACCCGUUCAUGGAAUCAGGAAGUAAUAUUUUGCAGCUGUUCCCCUGGUGAGAAACUUUCCUGUACUGGGGCAGUCGAAGCUUUUGUUUUGUAUCCGCAAAUAUAGGCUAUUAGAGUUACACACUGGAAAAUAUAAUAUUCGUGGACGGGAGCCUAUUUUUUGGUGUAAGUCUUUUUAGUGUGCCUUUUUAUUCUCUGAAAGUACCGGGAAGACUUGAAUUUGACACCUUGGUUUAGGUAGGGUAAGUAGAAUGGAUGUUCCUCACCUGACAGAAGAUGAAAUGGCAGAUAUUAAAAAGGAGGUCCUAACGAGGCUGCGACCGUACCUCUGUGACAAGAUCCGGGUUGACCGCCAUUUUGACUACCUGCGCUCGCGCAAGAUCCUUACGCGGGACGACACAGAGGAGAUCAGCUGCAGGAGCACGCAGAGUAAACGGACAGGCAUGCUGCUGGACUACCUGGCUGAGAACCCUCGGGGGCUGGACGCCCUGGUCGAGUCCAUCCAGCAAGGACGUACCCUCAACUUCAUCAUCACCAAGAUCACUGAUGAGGUGCAGAAAGUGAAGAAUGAGAGGAUAGAGGCUUUCAGAGCAGGGGCAUCCAGUUCCUCCUCGGGCUUCCUGCCAACCCAGGACACAUCCAGAGCCGCUAAAGACCUGUCCAGGACGCUGUCAUGUGAGACCAACCUGGCAUCCACCAUGCCAUACAACGGAGAAGGGUGCCCGUCCACCUCUGAUGCCCUAAGAUCGUUCAACCUGCCUGCUGCCUCCAGCCAAGGGAAGGAGGUGUCAUCAACCAUGGGAGGAGAUAGCAUGGUUGCGUCUUCAUCCCAGGCCUCGUCCAAACUGCCCAGGCCUGGAGACCCAGGAGCUCCCCACCUGCCACAGGAGGCCUUAUCUAACAUGGAUGCUGGACCACACAGGAGCACAGCGAUCAGCGGAGGGGACACCAACUUCCAGCCCCUGAGGUCACGCUCCAUCCCCCCCACUUCCACAUCAUACAGGGACCUCUCGCCUCGGCCCCCACCGAAAUCUUACUGAGGAUCGCCCCUUGCCCUGGAAUGUCUCCCACAUCAUUACUCAUCACAAACAUUCACACUUCAAUUUUAUUGUUUGUAGCAGUUUGUGUUUUCUCAAGGGUUUUAGUUCAGUGAUACAUCAAACAAAUAGCAACUCGUAAAGUAUAUUCUAUGCCUUACAUAAUACUCUGGAUUAUUAGAAAGCUGGACACGCUUAUUUCGAAUUCAAUGAAGAAACCAUACAAGUAACUACUUACUAAUCAUGUCUCAAUCAUAAGCUGUACCUUCAUGAAUUUUACUCUGCUCCUAUCAAGUCAUCUUUCAUAAGAUGCCCCUACCCACAGAGAGACAGAUUGAGAUAGCUACACGUUAUCCUGAACUUGGACUAAAGUUGUAGGUCAUCAUUCUCCAUCAACACUACUGCACAUAUAUUUUGCUAUGAAUUAUGGGCGUCUGAGUUCUUCAUGAGAGACUGGCAUCAACAUGCCACACCAUGAAUUAUGGGGAUGUGAGUUCUUCAUGAGAGACUGGCAUCAACAUGCCACACCAUGGCAGCUACAGUAGAGCUGUUUCCUUGUAAGGAGCUCAGAGCAUCAGAAGACAACUUCUCUGUACUGACACAUAACACUGGAAUUAAUGGUUCAGCAUAUGCUUUAUGGUACACAAACUGUAGCCACAAACUUUGGUAGACCUACGCUGAAAUGGUUCAUGUUUUUACUCUAGACUAAAGUAUUGUUAUACUGUAGAUACAUUUUCUUGUUGUGAAAGGGCAUGAAUGUGUAAUGUAGUACAACGGUGUUACUUAUUAUUCAGAAAGUGAACUUUAAUACCUGCUAUUUUGAUAAUUGAUAUACCAGUACUUUUUAUAUUUGAAAUCUUGAAAAUGUAGGCCUUCUAUAAAUAAAUCAAAUGAAUAUGAGACACAGGA